AGGGAAACUAAUAAGAGCAGACGUUCCUAUAAAAGGUUAUCAUUCGAACGGGUAAAGUUGACGACGAAUCGAAAGAAAAUGGACGAAAGUACGAACAGUAUUAAACAGUUUUUCGACGAAUUUAAUAGAUGUAAAACGGAAGAUAACGUACAACAUCGCAGUAAUAUAUUAAGUAGCUUCAGUAUGAAACCGGAAGACGUCAAAGUUGAAGUACUCGACUGGUGUCUCCAUUAUUUAGAACAAAAAAAAUGUCCACAUUCAUUAGCAUUGACUCUUGCAAAGCUAGUAGCACAUCAGCUGAGUGAUUCUGUAUAUGAAAUGAGUUUGCAAGCUGAUGAAGGCAUAGAUGAUGAUGAUAAAAGUUUUUCAUACAAAACAUCACAGUUAUAUAUAGAGAUGGUUGAAUGUUUAGCGGAAACUUGUAAAAAUUGGCAAGAAUAUAUUGAUAUUACAACAGCAAAAUUGGAACCUUUACCUCACAUUGUGUCAGUGUGUGCUAUAAAAAACAGUAGAAGAAAAAUGGAAGAUAGGCACGUCAUUUUGCAUAAUCUUAAUACAGUUUGUGGACUAAAGGAUGCUCCACAUCAUAGUUAUUAUGCAAUAUUUGACGGCCAUGCUGGAGUUGAAGCUGCUAGUUAUUGUGCUGCACAUUUACACUGGAACAUUGUAAAUCAUCCAGCUUUUCUUACUGAUACUGAAAAAGCAAUUUCUGAAGCUAUUACUUUAACUGAUAAAACAUUCCUGGAGCGGUCUUAUAGAGAAGGAAUAAAAGGUGGAAGCACUGCAUUAUGUUGUUUAAUCAGAGAAAAAACUUUAUAUAUUGCUUGGGUAGGAGAUUCUCAAGCAGUAUUAGUAAAAAAAGGAGUACCUAACAUAAUUGGUUUGCCUCAUAAACCAGACAGAGAGGAAGAAAGAUGUAGAGUGAAAGAAUUAGGUGGUUGUGUAUUAUUUAUGGACACUUGGAGAGUAGAUGGUACAUUGUCUGUCUCUAGAGCAGUAGGAGAUUUGGAGCAUAAACCACAUAUAAGUAGUGAAGCAGACAUAUGUAAAAUAACAUUAGAUGGAGCUGAAGAUUAUCUUGUGUUAGCAUGUGAUGGUCUUUGGGAUAAAUUAUCACCAUCAGAUUUGGGAUUAUUAGUUUAUCAGCAUAUUACUGAAGGAAAAAGUGUUGAAAGAAUUGCACCAGAAUUAGUUCAAAUAUCAAAAGAACUUGGUUCUCAAGAUAACAUAACUGCAAUUGUUAUUUUCAUGAAAGAUCCAUAUAAUAUAUCUGUGCCGCCAAUAUGUUUACCUUCUUUAAACAACAAAUUAGAGAACGAUCAACUCAAAACAACAAAUGAAGAGAACUAUGUAUUAAAAUCACAAGAAUUAAUUACAGAUCUAUCGGAUAUAUCCGAUAAGGUUAUCAGCAGUAUUUCUAAUAUUGAUUUAAGUACAGGAAAGGGCACUAAUUCGUUACUAUAUGACAAUAAUUCUGUUACCUCCUUAAAUGACAAUAGAAUAAAUGGAAACUUCUUACAAAAUGAAAAUGAGAAAAACAUUUGUGAAAAUAAUAAUGAAAUUUCUGUUGCUGACAAUAUUUCAAAUCAAAUUGAUGCAGACAGUUUAGAAAUGAUGGCAGAUAAUUCACCUAAUGAUGACAAAAUUGUUGUUUCACCUUUGUCAAAUGAUAGUCUAAUCUCAACUGACGAAAAAUCUGAUUUCAGUGAUUCCAAACAAACACCAACAGAUGUAAGUACAUUUUCUGACGAACUUAGAGCAGAUUCUAAACCCUAUUUAUCUGAUUUAGAAUCCGAAACUUCAAUUUCUGUAAGUGAUCAUUCAAAUACUGUUUUUAUAAAAGAUAACACAUCCUCUUCAAAACAAGAAGUUAAUAAUUUAAUAGACUUAGAACUGGCAAAUAGAAUUCCUCAACCAAAUAAUACAAUAAAUUCUUCACAAUUCAAUAAAGAGCUGCAUUAUAAUGAAAGAAUUGAUUCAGAAAUUUCAAAUAAUGCUCUUCCAUCAGAAACUAAAACAAUUUCUACUGAUGUGAAAAAAGAAGGCAAUUUAAUAUGCUUUGAAGGCAAUAUGUAUGCUUCAGAUUCAACAUCAAAAAUACCCAGUAAUGUGCAAGAAGUACCUCCAAAUUAUUUGAAUAACAAAUUAACUGAAGAAAAGAUUAUAAAUACAAAUCAAUCAGAAAAUAUUUCUAAUUUAAGAAAUGAAAUUGAAUCAUCAUCAAAAGAUCUGUCAGCAGAUAUUAACAACUGUUUGAAAUCCAAAACAUGUACACCAAAUUUAAUACUUCAAAAUUCACAAGAGACUAGCUUGGAACAUUCAGAUUCAAUUAAUAAAAUUCAAACUUCAACCAUCCAAGAAAUAAGUGAAACUUGUUCUGAAUAUGCAAAUAUAAUUAGUGAAAAUCAAAAUGAUGUAGGAAAGCCAUUACAAGAACAGUUAUAUAAAGAUUCUGUAAAUAUGACUAAUACAGUUCAAAAUAAUAAUGACAAUUUAAGACCUAAAGCUGCAAUAUGUCGUGAAAACAAUAAAACUAAUAGAAUAGUGCAUUUAAAGAAUGCAAAAUCUGUUACAGACUCAAAAACAGGUAAAGAAUCACUUUCAAAAUCAAAAGUAAAGAAAACAACAGAUGACAAAUUAAUAAAAACUAGUCCAGCUAAGUUACAACAAAACAAAAGUGCACAGAAGUUAGUGAAUAAAUCAACAGAAAAGAAAUCUUUACAACAAUCAAUAAAGGACUCGCCAAUAAGGAAAGUAACCGUUCAAAACAGAACCAAUACAGAAAAUGUCUUUGAACGAUUAUCCAUGCCUAAAUCGACUCCUAAAUUCAAAACAAUGCCAAAGGACGAGGGAAAAAGUUCAUCACCAUUAAAGACUAGUGAAACAAAAACAUUGCCCAAAUCAGGAAAACUUUUAUCUUCAAAAUCAUCAAAGGAAUCCUGUACAUCACAUGCAUCACCUAGUUCAAAGUCUAACACAAAGACUGUUAAGAUAUCAUCACCUAAGACAUUGGCACUUAAAGCAUCAAAAUCUGAAACUGUUAAUAAAUUAAAUGAAGAAAAUAUAUCAAAUGCAUCUCCAGAAAAAGUGGAAUCUGCACAAAGAGAAAAAAUCAACUCAAAAUUUUUAACAGGUGAAAAAUGUUUAAGAGAAAAUACGACAGAAAAAAAAUCAUUGAUUAAAAACUCUUUAAAAACUAAUAACAAAGAUCCGAAUGAUAAAAUAAGCAAACAAAAUAAUUCCGAUCUUCCUAAGACAAAUGCUAAGAGUGAAAAAAAUAUUGUUAAUCGAAAAUUAACAGAGAAACAUAUUAAAACUGCAAGUGCUAUUCAAAAAAAUUCAAUUUCUCCCAUUCAGAAAAAUAAGACUGUGAAUGCAACUACAUCCAAAGAAAUCGAAAAGAAGGCAAAGAUGACACCAUCCGAAAAGAUAAAAUCAGCAAAAUCUAAAACAUCUGCUACACCUAAAGCAAGCGUGAAAAAACCUCUCGAAAAAGGAAACUGUGAAGCCAUUACAAAAUCUCUCGAAAAGGAAACCGAGGUUGUCACAAAAUCAAAUUAAAUAAAACGGAACAUUCUUUUCAUGUUUUCUUCUUUGAGACUUUCAGAAAUGCAAAUUAUUAAAACUGGUUUAAUAAUAAUUUCCAGUAAUUUUUACGUAAAAGAUAUUUGCUUCUCAUCCAAAUAAACAUUUAAUUAUAUAAAUAAACAAAGUUAUAAUUUUUUUUUUUAAAUAUUUAUCAAAUAAAACUUAAUUUUCUGUUAGCCAAAACUUUUUUAAUCUAUAAAAUGUAAAAAAAAAA